UUUAUGAAUUGCAAAAACAUUCGAAGAAAAAUAUUUGCCGCGAUGACCAAGUCAGGUUCACACUCCCAGGUGAAAUCUAAGUCCUGGUCAAUCAAAACAAAAGAAUCAAUAAAUAAACAAGAAGGCUGCACCAAUUACGAAGUCUCAAGAACUGCCAAAUGCUUGGAUAUUGAAGCCGAAAUUAUAAAGACACAAAAGAAUAGAACCAACCAAUGCGACCCAUUCAGCCUCAGGACUUAUUUGUCAGUAUCUUUCUGCACAAAUUGCCCCACCAUAUAUAUAUGUAUGUAUGUAUGUAUGCGUGUGUACACACCACACACAGGAUACAAGCUUCAUAGGUCUUAGAACAAAGUAGCCCAGACUCUGAAAGAAGAGGUGAAAAUGGCGAGGAGGAGGAAGGCUGUGGAAAUAGAGGAAGAGAGAAGCAUGAAAUGGGAUGAGAUGGUGAAGGAAGCUGAAGCACUGGGACUGAGCAGAAGAGCCAGGAAGCGUUUUGUUGGGGUCAGACAAAGGCCUUCAGGCAGAUGGGUUGCUGAGAUUAAGGAUACCAUUCAGAAGAUUCGGGUUUGGUUGGGAACUUUCGACACUGCAGAGGAAGCAGCUCGAGCUUAUGAUGAGGCUGCUUGUCUCCUUCGUGGUGCCAAUACUAGGACCAAUUUUUGGCCCUGUUCUUAUUCUUCUUCAACCCCUGUUCUUUCCUCUAAGAUCAGCAAUCUCCUCCUUCAAAGGCUUAAAGCAAGAAACAACUCUUGCUCUGAUUUUUCUUCUUCUGCUUCUCUUCUCGUUGAUCAACAAGAAAAGCAGCAAGCAGAUGUGUAUAAUGAAGAAGAAGCUGCGGAUUUUUCUAUUGACCAAUUGACUGAUUUCCUUAAUGAUCCUGAAGAUUACAGCGCAGGCAACAAUGACUUUAGUCAGUUCACUAAUCACAGUGCGCAAGUUGACUUCUUUACCGGCAGUCUUGAAUCAUGUUUGACUGAAACAGAUGAGUUCAGGGGAAGAGAAAUGGGGUUGGAAAAUGAUGUCAGCAACAUUGCUGACUUGAAUUCAGGAGGAAAAAGAGAGGAAGUAAAUGAGGAAGUAAUGAGGCAUCUGGGUGCGCAGGAUUUUGAGUUUAUGGACAAGGUUGCUCCAUCAUGUUACUAUUCACCUUUUGAGAUGGCUGAAGAGAUGGAGGAUCCUGUGGUGGAAGCAGAGAGCUACAGUGAUGAGCCUUCCAUGCUCAGAGCCGCCAUGAAGAGGAUGAAGUAUGAGAGGAAGUUCUCAGCUUCCCUCUAUGCAUUCAAUGGAAUACCUGAAUGCUUGAAGCUGAAGCUAGGAUCAGCAAACUGCAAGGGAAAAGGGGCUUCUGAUCAUUUAACCAACAUCCACAAAGCUUGUAGCAGCAAGGAGAAAUCUGAGGAGAAUAAGGAGGGCAGAGAAGACAUGGGAGUAAUGGAAAGUAGAGAAGAAGAAAAACCAGAGAAAUUUAACGAGGCUGAGUGUUCUUCAUCUUCCAUCGGUGUGGAUGGUGAAUUGUUGCUCUGGAAUUCACUGGACCUUCCCCCCAUAUGUUUCGUUAACUGACUAAACAACCGUGGGUUCCAACAUAACAUACAUUUCUGUAAAUCGAAUGUUUGCCAAGUGACACAUGUCAGAUUUCGUAGUAAUUAUGUUUAGUUAAUUUAUGACUUAAUCAUCCCUAGGUCCAUGUGAGUUUCCAUCAUUCUUCUAAUAACUGAUUCUAUCCCCACCCCAAUCCCAUCUGUUUAUGAAUACCAAACCAUACAACGAGAGGUGGCUCUUGCGAGGCAAUCGGAAAAGAGAUAUCCCAAAAUCAUGAAUCGGAGAAUUUUAUGGCUUUCGCCAAGGUUUAGAAAGAAAGGAAACACGAGAUGCAUGCCAAGAAUAAUUGUUUCCUUCCCCCCUAUUUCUUAAAAAUAAAUAAAUAUAUACAUGCAUUCCAGGUGGCUAAUGCUUCCAUGCUUUCAACUUUCAACCCAAUAUAUAUAUAUAUAUAUAAAUACACACGACUCAGGCUUCGUACAUGCAAAGUUGAUCUGACCUACUGCACCAGAGGGCAAAGGUAGUAUCAGCUUAGUGCAGAAAUA